UCUCUCUUACCUCGAUCGGCCUACCUACUCCUCACUUCACUUCACUUCGCUUCGUCGGAGGACUUUUUCGAGUGUAACUAUGGAGCAGGGCAAAGGCUGAGAGAAUGGUUCGGAAGUGGUAAGAGAGUGAGAGGUUUUCAGUGAACAUAGAUGGUUUAGCUACUUGUGGUUCAAAUAUAUGUGUAUAUAUAUAUACACAUAUGUCACUCGUAUAUACUAUGGUAUAUAGUUUUCUUGGUUAAACACAUGUAUUACACGCGUGUAAACCGACUACACGCGUCGGCUUCUUUGAUCUCGGCCAUUCAUCACCCCUCGCGAGAAAAACUCUAAUAAUAUUACAUGCGGACGUUUUUACGUGUAAGUGCCUUGGAAGUGUCCUGCGUCUAUGAGAAAGAGAGAGACAGACUACGCGUAUGUUUGUGUCUCUCACGAGGGACGACGCUCGUAAGAAUAAUUUGUUAAAGGGGUGCGAACUUGAGGCGUUUAGCUUGCUAAUAAUUUUUCUAAUGUCAGAUCAUACUUGAUUGUGCUUAUUACUUUGUUUUGGUGGUAUGCCUGGUAUGUUGGGAAUGGUUACUUAUGGUUGAUGCAUCAGUGCAAUGCUGAAGAGACUGAUAACUUAUUGACAUGACAAUAUUGAUAGGAGGGGUAGAGGGUUACUUCGUGUCGAAAUAAAAACUGUUGGUUAUGAUUAUUUUAUAUAAUACACAUAACCUCACUUCGGUUAUUCUUUCAAGGAUCGUAGAAGUGCUCGUGUAAUAUGAUAGAAUUUAUUGAAUUUAUGAAAAUUAGUAACGGAUAUUGUAGUAUCAAAUUUGAACUGUGUACACUCCAAGAAAUUUGUAUAGUUACUACAUGGGUUAUGCGCCCAUUCGAAGGCACUAACUAUUCGUGAUUAGUUGGUGUUUUAUAGUUACGAUAACUAGAAAUUUCUCCAAACGUAGAUGAUCGUUGUCAAAGUUCACGAAUGUACCUGGCAAAGACAAUAAAUGCAUCUCGCUUAGCGUUCUUAGGCAGUAAUGUUCAAAUGUUAUUUUGAGAACUUGUAGGAGGUAUUAAACAGGCAUUCUACACGUGCUAGGUACCAUUAAAUAUUAAGUACGAUAAAAAGAGGAGAAUUAUUAUUGAGAAACGAGCAACGAAGCAAACGACGAGCAUCGAGGUCGAACAAAAGAAGAAAAUGAAUAAAGAGAGAAGGAGUAACGUCGUCAAAACAGUGAGGAGGGGUGAGGGGGGGGGACAAAUCCUUACGCAAAAAAGCGUCUCCGUCGUCGACGAAACUCUUCCGAGAAGUCAGUGAGCGAAGGAGCGACUUGGCUUGGCCAUCUACCCCUCGACCAGUGACUUUUCUUGUUGUUCUUCGGGUGAAAGGCAGUGCGCCUUAAAUCAGCUACGCUCCUGGUGCUAUGGCACUUUCGGCACUUUUUGCUCGAUGAAAAAUGAACUGGACGUUUUGCGUUCGACGAUUUUCUCACUGCAGGAAAUCAAAGGGGAGGAGUGGGAGAGGGAAUGGACGCGUAUAAGAAGGGGAGGUGGAUGUCAGGUUGGUGAGUGGAUAGAACGUGAAUGGUAUAUGUUAUAUAUACAUAUAUAUAAUACAUAUAGUUACAUACGGUUAAAGAUAGCCCCGUGACCCCUAACGUGUUGGGCCUAUAACGGGGUUGUCUUCGAGCCAGGAGAGAAUGGGGUGUUGCAACGCGCAUGGAAUGCAGUAAGGGGCAAUUGCUGGGGCAGCAGUUCGCUAAUUAAGGGUUACUUCGGGGCGGCUCAAGAUCGGUUCGGUUCGGUAAUACUUUAACCCUCUUGGUGGGUUGCAAUCAUCGCUGAGAUGCGUGCAUCUCAUUAGAGAACCCUCACAGGCAAUUUAGCACGCGUGCCCUGGGACAGAUAAAUGGGUUUUCCUGGGAUACGCGCCAUACUGCGGAUGCUCGAUGUUUUAUAGUUUAUUUUGUAGGUUGGUAUUAGGUUAUGUCACUUUUGACUCUAAUUACAAGGCUGAUUUAAUUUUUGUGUAUAUUUAGCAGACGCCUGUAAUGAUUUUUUCCGAUUUGGAUUUAUUCUGAUUUUUGGGCUUAUUAAAGUGAAAAGUGAAAUUUUUUAAUUUAUGGGAGAUACUGUGAUGUUUGGAUAUUAAUGACUGCAGUGUUGGUUUUUUGUGGUAUUACGAAAGGUUAUGACAGGGUUCAGGGUUCAGGUACUAUCUGACGGACUCGAGAACGGAUACUCGUAUUCGAAAUAAGAGGAAGAAAUAAAACAAGGAUUUAUCGAGAGUUUUAAUGGGCCAUAAGGCUACCCCGUAAUCAACUUCGACAUGCCGCUUAUAUGCACUAGGGUUAAGGGGGUCUCACUGUUACCAGCUUUCAUUUUACAAAAUCGAAUCACGAAAUUCUAGUCGUUCGCCGUGAUACCAUGGAUGAACACAAACUGUAUUUACGUGUACCGAAGUAUUCAGAUAAUAUAUAAAAUCAUAACGAGUCAUAAUUUUAUAAAUAAAUAAUUUUACCUAUUUCGUUAAUCGUAUUUUUUAAUUUUAUCAUGUAUGAUAAAGGUCGUGCUUCAAGGGUUCAUGUCGUAUGUUUCAGACAGCAACGGUGGUGGAAUGGUCGUGGGUCCUGGUGGCGGUGGCGGCGGCGGACCUGGCGGACAGCAACAGCAGCAGUACGGCGAGGUUAAUCAGCUAGGCGGUGUUUUCGUGAAUGGCCGACCCUUACCCAAUGCAGUAAGAUUGAGAAUAGUCGAGCUGGCGCAGCUGGGCAUCAGACCGUGCGACAUAUCGCGUCAACUACGCGUGAGCCACGGGUGCGUGAGCAAGAUCCUGGCACGGUAUCACGAGACCGGAAGUAUUCUGCCAGGAGCAAUAGGAGGCAGCAAGCCACGAGUGACCACCCCAAAAGUCGUUCAGUAUAUAAAACAACUGAAGCUCAAGGAUCCAGGAAUCUUCGCCUGGGAGAUCCGUGACAGAUUGCUCUCGGAUGGCGUAUGCGACAAGUACAACGUGCCAUCGGUGUCCAGUAUCUCUCGGAUCCUGAGGAACAAAGUGGGCGCAGCUGCGGCCGCCGUUGCUGCCGCAGCCAUUCAUCAUCAUCCGCAUCAUCCGGCCCACCAUCAUCACCAUCAUCAUCACCUUUACGCAGCCGCUGCGGCAGCGGGAGCAGCGCUCUGUCCGGUACCUUAUCCACCGACGCCGUAUCACGCGAGUCCACCUUCGGUUACCCAUCAUCAUCACCAUCAUCAAGUGGGCCUGACGGCGCCGUCGGCCAGCAAGUUAUCGCCGUCCCCGCCGACGCCGACGCCGACGCUUACCAAUCAUCAGACGAACGGCGUACUUCAGUGGCCGAGUCCUCAUACCGUGCAUGACAUUCUGGCGAACAGUGUCACGACGGUGCCCAACUCGAACUCUUCGUCCUCGACCUCUUCGCUCUGCGCCAUCAUCAACAAUAAUAAUCAUCACCAUCAUCAUCUUCAUCACAACGAGAACAACAAUGAUAACGGUGGUGCGAGUGGUGGCAACAAUAAUAAUAACAAUAGUAACAAUAACGAUUCACCGCCGAUUGGUUAUCAUUCUCAUUCACAUCAUCCGCAUCAUCAUCAUCACCAACAGUAUUACGCCUCCGCACUUUAUCAUCGGCAUCAUCAUCAUCCCGGUACUGCCACCACUCUAGCUACCAACGUCGGGACUUCGACGUCCCUCUCUGUACAGUCAGCUAUGAUGCAAGCGUCUAAUAUCAGUCAACCGGCCAGUCCGUGUAAUUAGUGCAGAUGACUAUUGUGCUUCGAAACGGUUUUAUUAACUGAAUAGUAUCGUUUGUGCCGAGUGAUGUACUAAUGCAGAUUUCUCUUUGUUAUGGAAUCCCGUGAUUUCGUAUUGCAGGAUUUUAUGUGGUAUAUGUGCAGUUUUACAUAUCCUGGGGAGGAGGGCUGAUAAAAUUCAAUUACUAUCAUACUACUGCAAUCGUGAACGAAUAGUGUUAAAUUCUUUUGAUAAAUGUAAUAUUGUCCUGUAGAUUAAACUCGUGGCAGAACAAUAUAUCAAACGAAUGACGUUGAAAAUGAUCUGAUGCUUUUGAGGUGCAGAGAUUAAUGUAAAUACAUUGAAUUAUUGAGAAAAUGAAAUUUGAAAAUAUUGCGAAUCUCUUGAGCUGGACUUACAUUCAAACGUACUUAUUAUGCGGAUCAAAAACAAUUGUAUAUUAUAAAAAUAAGGUACUGUAGGAAUCUUUCGUUACCAAAGCAAUUGGAGCUUGGUAAUCCAGUUCUUGAAAAUAACGAAAUUCUAGGUAAGUAAUAGGAUAUGUCCUGAAUGAAGAAUAUAAUAAACAGAUGCAGCACAAUUUGAAAUAUAUUUUUUACUAAAUAUAUAUCAACGUAUUUGUAUCGACUAUCGCUAAUGCUUUCCAGUGUUGAACAGUGAAUUACAUUAAUAAUUUGUCCUUUUCGUGUCAUGUCAUUAUUCUUGAUAAAGCGAUCCUCGAUAUCACACACUGGUGCCGAAAUUAUAAAUAUAAUUUUUGUUCAAAAUCAAUUAUAAACUUUUAAUCCAGCAGUGUAAAUAUUUUCAUAAGACUGGAAUAUUUAAUCGAACCGUAAGAAAUUGUGCAGCAAAUGCACCGAGUGCCUUUAAGAUUUAGUUGUCGACGAAUGCAAUAAAUCAGCUUCCUAAUCGGCGAAGGUAUACAAAAUAGGUAUUCAAUUUGCUCAACACCAUAGCGGCUUGUGUUCACGCAUUAGGCUAUUGCGUUUAAUCUAGUACAGUGCUGCUUUGUGUAUUAUACCUGCAUUCGCAUAUGUGUACAAUCUGGCUGCCUACCUAAUCUAAACUAACCUACCUUAGCUACCUACCAACCUACCUACAAGCCUGACUGACUGCCCAGGGCAGUAUAGCAGUCGUGCAAUAAUUAAAUUUGUAAGAGGAAUGACUGUGACGAUAGAUGAAUAUAUGGAUAUAUGUAUACAAUGAACAUUUGCUUUAGCAUGCGUGAAAUAUGUGGUAAGAGGAAUGUGGGUUACGAUGACGUUACAAUUAUUGUUAUUUAUUGAGUCUACGAGAAGAAUAUGGCGCCCUAUACCUGGAAACACCAUUUUGACUGCCUUGUAAACGUGCCUUAAUUUAUUUCGUUGACAAUUGCACGCGAACCAUUGUUAUUCACGUUUAAUACAUUUAAUUAGGAUACUCAUAUUUCCUACUUAUUAUUAUAACUUUUGGCUUAUACUUGCGAUUCCAAUCUGUCUUGGGUAUUAUUAUUUUUAUUAUUACUUCAAGUGUCACUUUCUUCUGAUCUUUAGUAUGCUAAUUCAAAUCCGUGUUACAUUUACUUUUGUUAGAUUAUUAUAAGAGGAUUUAUAAACGACGCAUGUAUUAACACUGGCACAAUUUAUAAUAUCAAGUAGGAAAUCUUAUAUUAAAUCUUGAAAGAUGUUAUAUUAUAUUUUAUUUAAAAUACGAUUGAUAUUUUACUAUAAUAAAUGUAAGAUCAUGCCAUGGUACAAGGUAAUUACUACCGUUAUGCAAUAUACGAUCGUGCUACAAACA